CGCGUCGCUGGCGGGUGGCGUGGCAGCGGCCCGCGGAGAAAUCACUGAGCCACACCAGCGCCUGGUCCCGGAGGACGGAGCACGUUUUCUGCAGGGCAGCAGGAGACUAAGCUACAGCCCCGACUCGGUGGAUGAUGCAGGGCUCGACCCAUUUCCCUGUCCUCCAGCUUCCUCGAAGUCCGCCCCUCCCCCUAGCUCUUUUCUCCGCGCAUUUCAUUUCUCCCCCGCGAAGGGGGCCGAGCGCCGAAUGAUCGAUGCUUCCUCCACGCCCCGAGAGCCGCCAUCUUGGGGGGAGGAGAAACACUUGUCUGGGCGGCAGACGCUGAACGGGAUGUUGACUGGCUUUUGCUUCUCUUGCCAGCAUUGUGGGACCGGGGCAGAAGAAUCCACCAGGGCCACUCGUCCGGCUGCCUCUCCGGAAUGAGGCCUCGGCUCCCGCGCCGGACGUCCCCCUUCCUCCUCCGAGGGAGCCCAAGGAGAGGCCAAAGCCGAGACGAUGCCCGGGAAGCUGAAGGUGAAAAUCGUGGCCGGGCGCCAUUUGCCCGUGAUGGACCGAGCUAGUGACCUGACUGAUGCCUUCGUGGAGGUAAAAUUUGGUAAUACCACCUUUAAAACAGACGUGUAUCCGAAAUCCCUCAACCCUCAGUGGAACUCUGAAUGGUUUAAAUUUGAGGUGGAUGAUGAAGAUUUACAGGACGAACCUCUACAGAUCACAGUUCUUGACCAUGAUACCUACAGUGCGAAUGAUGCCAUUGGUAAAGUCUACAUUGAUAUCGAUCCUUUACUCUACAGUGAAGCUGCAACUGUCAUCUCGGGAUGGUUUCCAAUUUAUGACACCAUACAUGGUAUCCGUGGAGAAAUCAAUGUAGUUGUCAAAGUAGACCUCUUUAAUGAUUUAAAUCGAUUUAGGCAGUCGUCCUGUGGAGUCAAAUUCUUUUGCACAACAUCUAUUCCAAAGUGCUAUAGAGCUGUGAUAAUUCAUGGGUUUGUAGAAGAACUUGUAGUCAAUGAAGACCCGGAAUAUCAAUGGAUUGAUCGAAUUCGUACACCAAGGGCGUCAAAUGAGGCCAGACAGAGACUCAUUUCUUUAAUGUCAGGUGAACUGCAGAGGAAGAUUGGCUUGAAAGUGCUUGAAAUGAGAGGAAAUGCGGUUGUUGGGUACUUACAGUGUUUUGAUCUGGAAGGCGAAUCUGGGUUAGUGGUACGAGCCAUAGGAACAGCGUGUACACUGGAUAAAUUAAGUAGCCCAGCAGCGUUUCUUCCUGCAUGUAAUUCCCCAUCCAAAGAAAUGAAGGAGAUUCCCUUCAAUGAAGAUCCCAAUCCCAAUACUCACUCAUCAGGACCCUCAACCCCUCUGAAAAACCAAACCUAUUCCUUUUCACCUUCCAAGUCCUACAGUCGACAGUCCUCUUCUUCUGACACAGAUUUGAGUUUGACACCCAAAACUGGAAUGGGAAGUGGUAGUGCUGGAAAAGAAGGGGGGCCAUUUAAAGCCCUUUUAAGACAACAGACCCAGUCAGCAUUGGAACAGAGGGGAGGAUCACCUCAUAGGUUCUGUAGAAGGCGGGAAUUUCCAUUUUUUACCUUGACGGCGUUUCCCCCUGGAUUUCUCGUGCACGUUGGGGGCGUUGUUAGUGCACGCUCUGUGAAGCUUUUGGAUCGUAUCCACAAUCCUGCCUUUGUCGGAAUUAUGGGUAACACAAGAUCUUACAAACUGCUAGACUGGAAUAGUUUCAAUUCAGAUGAACCAGAAACUCGAGAUGCGUGGUGGGCAGAAAUCAGACAAGAAAUAAAGUCACAUGCUAAAGCUUUAGGCUGUCAUGCUGUAGUGGGCUACAGUGAAUCAACUAGCAUCUGUGAAGAGGUCUGUAUUUUGUCUGCGUCCGGCACGGCGGCGGUCCUGAACCCUAGAUUCCUGCAGGACGGCACCGUGGAGGGCUGUUUGGAACAGAGGCUAGAAGAAAAUUUGCCUGCAGGCUGUGGAUUUUGCCAUAUCCCAUAUGAUGAACUGAACAUGCCAUUUCCAGCUCAUCUCACAUAUUGCUAUAACUGCAGGAAACAAAAAGUUCCUGAUGUUCUCUUUACAACUAUAGACCUUCCGACAGAUGCAACAGUUAUUGGAAAAGGUUGUCUUAUUCAAGCAAGAUUGUGUCGCUUAAAAAAGAAAGCACAGGCAGAAGCAAAUGCCACAGCUAUCAGUAAUCUGUUGCCAUUUAUGGAAUAUGAAGUGCAUACUCAGCUAAUGAAUAAACUAAAACUCAAAGGAAUGAACGCUUUAUUUGGACUGAGAAUUCAGAUCACAGUGGGUGAAAAUAUGUUGAUGGGCUUAGCGUCGGCUACAGGUGUCUAUUUAGCAGCUUUACCAACUCCUGGUGGUAUUCAGAUUGCUGGGAAGACUCCUAAUGAUGGUUCAUAUGAACAGCAUAUAUCUCAUAUGCAAAAGAAGAUAAAUGACACGAUUGCUAAGAAUAAAGAGUUAUAUGAAAUCAAUCCUCCGGAGAUAUCUGAAGAGAUUAUAGGAUCACCCAUCCCAGAACCUAGACAACGCUCAAGACUUUUAAGAUCUCAAUCAGAAAGCUCUGAUGAAGUUACGGAAUUGGACCUUUCACAUGGGAAAAAAGAUGCUUUUGUUUUGGAGAUUGAUGACACAGAUGCUAUGGAAGAUGUACAUUCUCUGCUCACUGACGUUCCUCCUCCUUCAGGCUUUUAUAGUUGUAAUACAGAAAUUAUGCCUGGUAUAAAUAAUUGGACAUCUGAAAUACAGAUGUUCACAUCAGUAAGAGUAAUCCGGUUAAGCAGCCUUAACCUGACUAAUCAUGCCCUCAAUAAGAACUUUAAUGACCUCUGUGAAAAUUUGCUCAAGAGCCUGUAUUUUAAACUACGGUCGAUGAUCCCCUGCUGCCUUUGCCAUGUAAAUUUUACAGUAUCCCUGCCUGAAGAUGAGUUAAUUCAGGUUACGGUCACAGCAGUUGCAAUAACUUUUGACAAAAAUCAGGCUUUACAGACCACUAAAGCACAUGUUGAGAAGUCACUGCAAAGAGCCUCUACAGAUAAUGAAGAACUUCUGCAGUUUCCACUGGAACUCUGUUCAGAUUCACUUCCUUCUCAUCCUUUUCCACCAGCUAAAGAACACCUGGAGAGUGCAAGUUCUAACUCAGGUAUACCAGCUGCACAGAGAGCAACGUCAGUUGAUUACAGUUCCUUUGCAGACAGAUGCAGCAGCUGGAUAGAGCUCAUUAAACUGAAAGCUCAGACCAUAAGGCGCGGAUCAAUUAAGACAACUGUGACAGUUGAAAAAACAAGUCCAAUGGGUGAAGGAAAUUUCCGGAAUCGUUCUGCCGCACCUUGUGCAAAUUCUACAGUUGGGGUGGUUAAGAUGACACCUCUUUCUUUCAUUCCGGGAGCAAAAAUAACUAAAUAUCUUGGGAUAAUCAACAUGUUUUUUAUUCGGGAAACCACUUCUCUUCGUGAGGAGGGAGGAGUCAGUGGGUUUCUCCAUGCUUUCAUUGCUGAAGUGUUUGCAAUGGUGCGAGCUCAUGUCGCUGCGUUAGGAGGGAAUGCUGUUGUCUCCUACAUAAUGAAGCAGUGUGUCUUCAUGGAGAAUCCAAAUAAAAACCAGGCACAGUGUCUGAUAAACGUAAGUGGUGAUGCAGUGGUCUUUGCUCGUGAAUCUGAGUUAGAAGUGGUGUCAACGCAGCAGCCCGCUGCCAACUGCCAGCCAGCGUGUACCGGAGGAGAAGUUACGACCUGAAGAAAAUGAGAAAGAGCUCAGCUAAAUGAAAUCCAUCUGUCUCCAUGGUUUUGUCAUUAAUUUUCUUACUAGAAAAAUGAGCUUUAUUGGAGAUAAUUAAGAAAGAAUUAUGGGUGGAUUUGAUUUGUCUGGAAUCUCUUGGAGGCAUAGAAUUUUCGAAUCUUGAUGUUUUCUUUGCCAAGCCUAGACAGUCAGGCCCCAUGGAAUCUCGACCCUGCAAUAAGGUCAGAUAAAUUUCUCAGAGAACCAUAGCAAAGAUGGAAGCUAUUUGUAAUUUAUGUUGAUUUUAAUAACAUCCUAAUUUAAAAGAUGAAAUGGUAAGAUUAUCAGCAAAUUAGGAUAGCUACCCUAGUGUAAUUUAGACAAACCAAGCAAGAAAUUCACAAAUUGUUAAUAAAUAAAUAAUCUGAUUUGAGGAAUGUGUGGGGAAAAUGGAGAAAAGUUUUCAGAAGAGUAUGUGGGUUUUCAAACGUGUUUUCUUUUGAUGAGGAAUUUGGUAACAACUGGAAGGGAAAGUGGUUCAGGAAAAGAAGUGAAAAUUCUGCAGUUUAUAUCUGUAAUAUGUCCUAACUACUGUAAACGGAAAAGUAAUUUAUCAGAGCCAGUGUCCCUCUGUUCAAAGUUUUAAUAAUGUCUCUAAGGAGGCAAGAAAAAAAUUACCGUGUAACUUUGUUACUGGCCAAACUUCAGUUAGUGUUUCAUUGUCUAGAAGAGGCUUGACUUCAGCUGGGAAGAAAAGGUCAGUGAAUUUUGUUGAAGUAGUUAAAAUAUAAGUGAUCUGGUAGGAAUAUAAAAUUAUUUUCUAAUAAAAUCAUACUGCACUCCCAUCAAAUAAGCAGAAUUCUAGUAAUAUCUUAGGGAUUUUUGAAGGUGAGUUAGACUGUAUUUGGCAUAGAAUUUGAAAACGUAACUUGAAUGUAAAUAUGCUACAAAAUGAUGAAUGUAUACUUAGAAAUACUUUUUUGGUCAAUGCCAAAUACCUGUUAUAAAUGAACCUUGAAAAGUACAUUCCUCCUUUGCACAAUAAAAUUUCUUUAUAAAACUCAUGGUUUUGCUCUUCCACGAUAACAAACUGCUCUAAAGAUUAGGAGUCAUUUCCUUGUUAUCACAGGUGUCAAUAUUUUUCUGUAUUUUGUUUAUAAUUUUAUUUUUUAAAUAAAAAGUUUAUAAAGAUGAA